UACAAUCUCCCCCCGCAUGCACACACGCGUAUCUUUUGGACAGUGAGCAUUGCGGAUGCUGCCUGAAAUGCGGACCGUCUUGCGCCGCUUCUUUCCAUCCGCGGUCCUCCUGCCUUGCCUGAAGUCUGCAGAGUACGGCAUUUCAUCGUGAAGGACGAGCAGACAAAAUGCGUGAAUGUAUCUCGAUACACAUCGGCCAAGCUGGAGUUCAUAUGGGCAGUGCAUGCUGGCAGCUUUACUGCCUGGAACAUGGUAUUCAGCCAGAUGGACGGAUACCGUCUGACAAAAGUAUUGGUGGAGGCGAUGACUCAUUCAAUACUUUCUUCAGUGAGAUUGGAACUGGGAAGCAGUUUCCCAGGGCCAUCUUUGUUGAUCUGGAGCCCACGGUGAUCGAUGAGGUUCGUACAGGUACCUAUCGGGAGCUGUUCCACCCAGAACAGAUGAUUACAGGGAAAGAGGAUGCUGCCAAUAACUAUGCCCGAGGUCAUUACACCAUUGGCAAGGCGAUCAUUGAGCUCGUUCUGGACAGGAUUCGCAAGCUGGUGUCCACAUCAGUGGUAGAGCCCUAUAAUUCUAUUCUGACCACUCACGGCACCCUUGAGCACUUUGACUGCGCCUUCAUGGUGGACAAUGAAGCAAUCUAUGACAUCUGUCGCAGGAACCUCGACAUUGAAAGGCCAACCUACACUAACCUCAACAGGCUGAUUGGCCAGAUUGUGUCAUCGAUUACAGCCUCCCUUCGCUUUGACGGCACCCAGAAAGUUGACCUGACAGAGUUCCAGACCAACUUGGUGCCCUACCCUCGAAUCCACUUCCCUCUAGCAACAUAUGCCCCAUUCAUCUCUGCUGAGAAGGCCUACCAUGAGCGUCUGUCUGUGGCCGACAUCACCAAUGCCUGCUUUGAGCCAGCCAACCAGAUGGUCAAGUGCGAUCCUCGUCAUGGUAAAUACGUGGCCUGUUGUUUGUUAUUAUAUUUUGGUGAUGUCGCGCCGAAAGAUGUCAACUCCGCCAUCGCUGCUAUCAAGACCAAACGCAGUAUCCAGUUUGUGGACUGGUGUCCUACUGGCUUCAAAGUAGGCAUCAAUUACCAACCUCCAACAGUGGUUCCUGGAGGAGAUCUGGCCAUGGUGCUAAGGGCUGUCUGCAUGCUGAGCAACACAACAGCUUUCGCUGAGGCCUGGGCUCGCCUUGAUCACAAGUUUGAUCUCAUGUAUGCCAAGAGGGCCUUUGUGCACUGGUACGUGGGAGAGGGAAUGGAGGAAGGAGAAUUCUCAGAGGCCAGAGAGGACAUGGCAGUCCUUGAGAAGGAUUAUGAAGAGUUAGGUGCUGACAGCACUGGGGAUGAGGAUCAAGAUGGUGAGGAGUACUGAGGAGUAUGAUAGCCCGGGCUUAAAGAAGUUGUCAGUCAUAAUAUGACAGGUGCUGCCUGUGGUGGUGAUUCCUCGGUGUUAAUAAACACAUCCAAACUCCUUUGAU